UAGAAGUCACAAAGCUCCACUUGUGAACUUCACAAGCCGAGCUUUCACCUAUCAUCUCCUUUCAGAAAUUUCAGCAAUCUGUCUUUAGCGGCAACUUGUUCUCUCUCCCUCUUCUCUCUCAAAAUUACCUUUACUUAAAACCAAACACUGCCUUAACAUGCAGUGAGGCACACAUGAUACAUAAUCUUUGCUUCUGGAGACUAAUGCUGGUGUUACUGUCCUUUUCCGCCUCCUAAUACCUUUUUUCUUUUUCUCCACUCCCAUUGGAUAUUUUUCGCUUUUGAGACAUACCCAUUUAGCCAUUUCCUUCCUUUUAAUAUUAAGUCUCUAAUCUCUUUUAGCUUGCUAAAAAGCAAACUUAUUUGCAAAAUUCACCAACCACUAAUAAUUAAACCUCUCCAUUAAGUUUUAAGUGGGUGAAGGAAACUCAUGAAAAGUUUGUGUCUUUUUGCUUAGAGGUGUUAAUUUCACAGAUCUGUGACCUUCAAAACCUAAUUUUUAUUUUGAAGGUAAAAACUACUUUUGUUAAGUGGGUUUUAAAGUUUUUUUUAUAAGUUCGCAUUCAUUCCAAUUCUUGGAAAAUUCAAAGAUGAUCCAGCUGGUCUUAGUUUCAUGUAAAUCACAGUUGGUUUCAAUGGAAAAAUAUUCUCUUUGAUUUAUGUCUGAAUAUAAGAAUCUUUAGGGUUUAAAACCCUAGACCUUUUUCAACCAAUAAAGCUAGCUCCUUGGCUGGGCAUUUUGUUGAAGCAGAGAUGAUUCAGUUGCUAUUCUUAGUUCUCUUUGCUGAGGGAGUUGUGGCAUUCUUAUUACUGGUGAAAAUUGGUCCCUUGAGAGAGCUGGUGUUAAAAAGUUUGGAUCAGGUAAAGAUGGGAAAGGGUCCAGCUACUGUGAAAACUAUUGCUGGUACCAUGUCAGUGAUUCUUCUAUCAAGCCUUAUGAGCAUUGUUAAGAUCCAAAACAAGGGUGCAAAGCUUGGCACCAUGUCGCCCAUGGAUCAGGUCCUAUGGAGAACCCACUUGCUUGAGGCAUCACUGAUGGGUUUCACUCUCUUUCUUGGGUUCAUAAUUGAUCGUAUGCACCAUUAUCUUACAAAGCUUAUUAGUCUACGAAGUAACAUUGGAUCUUCUAAAGAGGAGGUUGAACGGCUUCAGAAAGAGAAAAUGCAGCUUAAAGGGAAGGCAGAGAAAGCUUCCACCGAAAUAAAGCAACUACAGGAACAAAUUUCUACCCUAUCAGAGAGUUUGAAGAAGCUGAAGUUGGAAAAUGAAGAGAAGGACAAGCAGAUUGAAACUGCUGAAGCCCAUGUUGUUGCUCUUCAGAAACAAUCUGCUGACUUGUUACUUGAAUAUGACCGUUUGUUAGAAGAAAAUCAAAAUCUUCAGGCUCAGGGAUACAAGAGCUGAGGAUUUUCGGUAAUUCUGGUUUUAAGUAUUUCCAUUCAUCAGUGGUGUUGCAGAAAACAUCUUACAUUUGAUGGAAAUGAAAUGGCCACUAACCAGCACAUUUUAAUUAGGCGGAUGGAGGCACUAGGAUCAUUUCCCAGAAAUCAGAAUGCAGAGUGGGUUGCAUUGACCAGGAUCAGAAAUUUUGUUAUUUACAUGAAUCUAGCAUUUUUGGCUCGACCAUCUUUUUAUUGUUGAUAGUGACUUCUCUUUACAUUCAGUUUUUUUUUUCUUUUUUCUUUUUUUUCAACUGAUAUAGUUUUGUGAUUUAGAUUGUUGAUGGGAUUCAUAGUUUUGAAAUCGGUGAUGGAUAGUCGGAACUUUGCCAAAUUUUAUUGCGGUUCCACUUUCUUUUUA